CACUACAUAAAUAUAACCCAUAAUCAAAACCUGUAAUCAGACAGAUAUACAACAUAAUAUAUAAUCAAUGGGUUCCGAAGGACAGCUCAAGCUUCCUGUUUUUGAUUUAACAAAAGAAGAUUUGAAGCCAGGGACCAAUUCCUGGCUAUCAACGUGCACAAGUGUGCGCCAAGCAUUUGAAAAGUAUGGUUGCUUUGUAGUCUUAUAUGAUAAAGCUUCUGAUGAGCUUCAUAGUGAUGUGUUCGGUUCCCUGAAGGAGCUAUUCGAUCUCCCAACAGAAACCAAACUGAGAAACAUAUAUGAGGGGAAACCCUUAAAAGGCUACGUUGGACAGCACCCCAAGAUUCCUCUUCAUGAAAGCAUGGGCAUAGAUGAUGGCUCAACACUAGAGGGAAUUCAAAGUUUUGUUGAAAAUAUGUGGCCUAACGGAAAUGAAAAGUUCUGCAAAUGUUUGUUUGACUAUGCAAAUGUUGCCGAAGGGUUGGAUAAGAUGGUGGUCAGAAUGAUGUUUGAAAGUUAUGGUUUAAUGAAGUACUAUGAAGAAUACAUAGGGUCCACAAAUUAUCUCCUUCGGCUCUUGUCUCACAAAGCACCAGAACAGGUGGAACCUCAACUGGGUUUUGUGUCUCACACUGACAAAAGCUUCACAACAGUUCUUCACCAGAAUCAUGUCAAUGGGCUCGUGGUGGAGACAAAGGAUGGUGAUUGGAUUGAUGUUGAUUUCUCUGCACCUAAUUCCUUUGUCGUCAUGGCUGGCGAUGCGCUCAUGGCCUGGAGCAACAACAGAGUAAAGUCUCCUAAUCAUAAAGUUAUGAUGAAUGGCAAUGAAACAAGGUACUCUCUUGGUCUGUUUGCCUUCUACAGAGGAAUUCUACAAGUACCUGCUGAGUUAAUUGACGAGGGACACCCCUUGCAGUAUAAGCCGUUUGAUCAUCUUGCAUUAUUGAACUUCACCUACAGUGCCAAUAUGAAAGACUAUUGUGGCAUCUGAAUUGAAGAGCUUGUUAAGGCUUACACUUCAACAAACUUGUGCUAAAUAUAUGUACUAGAUGUUAUGUGAUCAAUGUAAAUAUGGAUUGUACGUGUUUCA